AUCACAUACAACCCGUGAAUUUACCAUCUUAGCCUCGUCAAACAUCCAUCGCUAUCUGUGCAAUGGACGUGGACGAGCUCAGAAGAUUUUUCCAAAUGUUCGACCAGAACAGCGACGGGCGGAUCACCAAAAAGGAGCUGAAUGAUUCGCUGCAGAAGAUGGGAAUCUUCAUGCCAGAAGAGGACCUCGCCAAAAUGAUUGAGAAAAUUGACGCGAACGGGGACGGGUGCGUGGACAUGGACGAGUUUGGGGCAAUGUACCAGUCGAUCAUGGAUGAGAGGGACGAGGCAGACGGGGACAUGAGGAAGGCAUUCGACGUGUUCGACCGGAACGGCGAUGGGUUCAUCACCGUGGACGAGCUGAGGUCGGUUUUGGCGUCGCUGGGACUCAAGCAAGGGCGCGCGGUCGAGGACUGCAGGAAGAUGAUCGUGACGGUGGAUGCCGACGGCGAUGGGAUGGUGAAUUUCACUGAGUUUAAGCAGAUGAUGAGAGGGGGUGGGUUUGCUGCAUUGACAUGAAAAAAAAAAAACACACACAC